CGGGGAGGGGCCAGUCUUUCUUGGACGUUUAAGGGGCUCCGGGGAUCCAGGGAGGAUGGGUGUUGUGCCGUUUCUGUUGUUCGGUGGUUUGUGGAGCGCCGUGGGAGCGUCCAGCCCCGCCGUCGUGACUUGCGGGUCCGUGGUGAAGCUGCUCAAUACCCGCCACAAUGUCCGACUGCACUCACACGACGUGCGCUACGGCUCAGGUAGUGGGCAGCAAUCAGUAACAGGUGUAACCUCUGUGGAUGACAGCAACAGUUACUGGAGGAUACGAGGCAAGACUGCCACUGUGUGUGAGAGGGGAACCCCCAUCAAAUGUGGCCAGCCCAUCCGGCUGACCCAUGUCAACACUGGCCGAAACCUCCAUAGCCACCAUUUCACUUCACCUCUAUCUGGAAACCAGGAAGUGAGUGCUUUUGGUGAGGAAGGUGAAGGUGAUUACCUGGAUGACUGGACAGUGCUCUGUAACGGGCCCUACUGGGUGAGAGAUGGUGAGGUGCGGUUCAAACAUUCUUCAACUGAAGUACUACUGUCUGUCACAGGAGAGCAGUAUGGUCGACCCAUCAGUGGACAAAAAGAGGUACAUGGUAUGGCCCAACCAAGUCAGAACAAUUACUGGAAGGCUAUGGAAGGCAUCUUCAUGAAGCCCAGUGAGUUGUUGAAGGCAGAAGUUCAUCAUGUAGAACUCUGACUCUAGAUGCCUGAGUCACUGUCACCACACAGUGUUGAUAGAAGUGUCAUGCUGCUUCACCUGGGGAUCCCUGCACCAUGUUCCCUGGGCAGUGGCCAGGUCCCCACUGAGACGAAGAUGCACACUAGAAACAUGGCCUGCAUUUGGAACCUGUAGCCCUUCACACUUGAAUUGGUUCAUCUUCCAGAUUUGGAUCAGUUCUCGUAGAGGACUUGUUUGUGAAGACACGGGUGCUUUUUAUUCAUACUGAUAAAGGACUUCUUUGAAGUUAGCUGGGAAAUGUUCCUCCUCAGGAGCUUGGCUUCAUGGAUUGCUAAUGUUUGUGACUUUCCCCCUAAUUUUUUUCAUCCAAAAUGAUAAAGAAAAAUAAUUUUA